AAUGAAGUAGAUUCCAAAUUCUGUUAUACUAACAAAUUCUCCCUGACACUUGUAUAGAUUAGUUACAAUGAAUUGUAUAUAUAUAGGUCAUCUCCCCCUUUCAAAAUACAUAGCCAAAAAAUACAGAAUGUAAUGUUUUUUAUAUUUCAUAAAUUCAACUUCAUUCAUCCCCUUUCUUCUACAAUCUGUUGUUAUUUGAUUUAUGGUAUCAGAGCAAGGAUGGCUGACAACGAUGGUGAUAGUAUCAACACAAAUGAAAACCAAAAUCAAACAAUACCUCAAAACACAAAUUCAAAUACAAAUCCUCAUGAUCCGUCCCUUCCCAACAGUCCAUACUUCAUUGGAGCAAAUAAAAAUUCAAGAACAUUGCUUGUUACAUAGAUGCUUGAUUCCAGUAACUACCAUUUUUGGGCAAGUUCCAUGAAGAGGGCUCUGCGAAUCAAGAAUAAACUUGGCUUCAUUGAUGGCAGCAUUUGUGAGCCAACUGAUAUAGAUAGUUCAUUGAUAGAACACUGGCUUCGUUGUAAUGAUAUAGUUAUCACUUGAUUGCAAAAUACCAUGGCAGUAGACAUUAAGGCAAGCACUUCGUAUGCUGAAACAGCACACCAACUUUGGCUGGAAUUAGAACAACGGGCUCAACAAAAUGCUCCCAGGAUUUAUGAAGUCAAGCAAAGCAUCGCUGGACUGCUGCAGGGACCGGAUAAUGUGAGUACCUAUUUUUAAAAACUGAAGACACUACUUGAUGAGUUAAUGAAUUAUGAGUCUAUUCCUAAUUGCACCUGUGGAGGGUUGAAGACAGUUGUAAGUAACCAAGAAAUAGAUUGGAUAAUGAAAUUUCUCAUGGGACUCAAUGACUCCUACAAAUUGCUCAAAGCUCAAAUCCUGCUAAUCAAGCCAUUUCAAAUUGAAUGAAGUAUACUCCACAAUUCGACAAGAAGAGAAGAGGAGGGAUAUUUCCACUGAUAUGCCUAGCACUGAAGGGAUGGCACUCGUGUCAAAAACUGUCCCCGAGAGGCAGAAAAGAGAAAUCUAGGGCCUCCAAAAAGGCCACACGCUCUAUGGAAACCCGCAAGCAAAUCUUGCUUCCACAAGCUAGAAAUCUCCGCCUAUGGUGCCUGCACAGGAGCAAGUUGGUAACAGGAACCAAGUUGGUUUGACUCAAGAUCAGUAUACUCAGUUGAUAGCUUUACUCAAACCACCAAUCAACCAGCCUGAUACGUUACCUACUAGCCAUGUUCAGGGUCUAAAUUUACUUUCUUCCAAACACAUAGAUACAUCUCAAGUUUCUUGCACCUACACGUGUUCAUCUGCUUACAGGGUAGAGAACAAAAUAAGUUCCAGCAUACCUUGGGUUAUGGAUACAGGAAGAGCCACAGACCAUAUGGUAUGCUCAGUAUCCUUUCUCACAAAUAUCAAAUCCAAAAUCUCACAAUCUGUUGCAUUACCUAAUGGAACUAUGGCAUUAGCUACUAAUAUAGGGAGUGUUAGAAUCACAGACAAUUUAUUACUCCGUAAUGUCUUAUGUGUUCCAUCUUUCUCAUUCAAUCUCAUAUCUGCUAGAAGAUUAGCUCAAGGAUCUAAGUGUUGUCUCAUUUUCUCUUCUGAUUCAUGUUAUGUGCAGGACCUUUCAACUUGAAGGACGAUUGGUCUCGGUGAAGUGAGAAAAGGCCUUUACCAUUUGAUGCCAAAAGAAGUCUCUCCCACAACUCUUGUUAAUGACUUACCAAAAUUGAGUAACCAAGUCGUUCUGUCGGCUGCCACUAAUGUUAGUUAGGAUGAUUUUGAUUUGUGGCAUUUCAUAUUAGGCCACUUAUCAGAUUCUAGGUUGCACUUAACCAAUUUACAUCAAUGUUUGGAAACAAAACACAACAAUAAACACUGCCCUAUUUGUCCCUUAGCAAAAUUACAUAGGCUGCCUUUCAAUAUUAUCCAACACAGAUCACAAAAUUGUUUUGACUUGAUUCAUAAUGAUUUAUAGGGGCCUUGUAAUGAAAUUGCUUAUGAUAGAUCGAAGUACUUUCUUACAAUUGUUGAUGAUCA